GUACAGUAAAGUUACUUCCCUUAUCAAUUUUUUACUUUGAUAAGCAGAAGAAGUAUUUACUGGGACAUAAUGAACACAUUGAUGGUUGACAAGAAAUGCAUGAAGCGCUUCUGGUUCUUGGAGAUAAUCAUGCAAAGGUAAUCAUUUCAAUGAAUGAAGUUCUUUGAACUCGAGGCUGUAAACAAAUGUGAUAAUCUUGAGACAAAAAUCUUGAAAUAACAUGAGAGCAAAAGCUGCAGAAAGUCUGUGUGCCAUAAAAUGAUGACGGCAUUGGUGCCAUAUUAAUAUUGUAAAACGUUUCUUUGGUAACCAUUCUGUAAAAAGGAGUUGAAAGCGUGUUAUAUAUGAAACAUUGGUGGCAGUGUGUGAUCAUGUUGAACAUCAGAGUGUCUUAACAAUUUUGGAGAUAUAAAGUGGCUUGUGAUCUACAUUCAGUCCAAAAUGCCUACAUAUGUACGUCAGAACUCACGAAUUUCGCUGUUUGCAUGCACCAGACCAGCAGAUGAGGAUAUUCUGUCUGAAGGAUCACACAUUAUGGACAUCCGGCAGCAGUUGGGAGAGCAGUUGAAAUGCCUCGAGGGUCGACUCGAGACCCAAUGUGCAAUGGUGCAGGAGAUCCAGGACUUUUAUCGACGCAAGGCGGAACUCGAGAUGGAGUACUCACGUAACCUCGACAAACUCGUCAAGAGCACCUGGUCUAGACACAAGCAAGAGAAACAGAGGCGAGAGAACUGGGACAAGUUCAGCACGUUCAACUGCUGGUCCCAGCUCCUGGAGAUCACGCGGCGACAGAGCCACGACCACGGCAUCCUGGCCGAGAUCUGCGGCACACACGUCUACAACAGACUGGCAGAUAUACAAGAAAACUCACAGCGCUUGUUCAAAAAAUGCAAAGACAUUGGGUCCACGAGCCAUGAAGACAUUUUAAAGAUCCUGUAUGAGCUUCAAAAGGCGAUGAAGACGUACCACUCGUACCAGCAGGAAAGCAAGUCAGCAGAGGAGGCGCUGAAGAAGGUGCAGUCCCAGAAGGCCAAGGUGGAGCAGCAGCUCUCCGGCAAGUCCCUCUCCACUAGCCGCAAGUUCAAGAAGAUUGAGAAACAAGAGGAUGAGCGACAGGAGAAGUACUCUGUAAACAAACUGAAGGCCCUGCACGCGCGCAAUGAGUACCUGCUGAACAUCGAGGUAGCCAACGCAGCCAUCAACAAGUACUUCUCUGACGAUGUCUCAGACCUCAUGGACUGCAUGGAUUUUGGCUACCAUAACUCAAUCAGCGGCACAGUGAUGAUAUACCAGACUGCGCACUGUAACAUGCGCAACUCCCACUUAAGCUCCAUAGAGUUGCUCAAUGACCUCAUAUCACAGAUGGACCCUCAGAACGACAAGCAGAGGUUCCUUGAGCUCAACAAUCAGGCAUUCAUGCUGCCCAAGAAAUUUGAAUUUCAGCCCUACAAAGGCGAUGAGAUGCGUCAGAUCAGUGCUCAAAGACCGGUUCAAGACCAGCUCAUCCAGAGUUUCAAAUCGUCCCAGAGUGUACUGGAAAAACUCAAACUAGAAAACGACGAGACGUGGAAGUCUCUGGAGGCAACAGAGAAGUCAUUGACAGAGCUGAUCAAUCGUAAGGAUGUGGAUGUGACCAGUCUGUUCAUGGAGGAGAACACCCCGCCCCGGUCUCCUCACGAGAGUGACAAGAAAAAGGCCCAACGACUGGAGACUGAGCGAUAUUACCUGGAAAAAUUUGAAUCCUACACCCUGAGCAAUAACCGCAUAUCUCGCCUGCAGGCCAAAUUCAACGCCAUUAAGAAGGCAUUGGGCGAGGACACGGUAUCAACGACUGGGCAACGAGUCAGACAAACUUCAAACUCAUCCAUGACGAGCCUUGAGAAAUUAAAUGGUUCAGAGCAGUUAGUGUUCCUAGAGUUAUCUAGCCGUAUAGGCGGGCUGCACCACAGGCCACCAUCUCUGCCCCCAAAACCAAAGAAGCGACGCAUUGGACGCAACCCACAGGUUGGUCAGCCGAAACUGUUUGGAGGAAACUUGGAAGAAUAUAUCGAGGCCACGAGCCAGGAGAUCCCCACGGUGAUCAAGAGCUGUAUACGAGUGCUGAACCUGUACGGUAUGCACCACCAGGGGAUCUUCCGCAUUCCUGGAUCACAGGUGGAAAUCAACGACCUCAAGAACGCUUUUGAGAAAGGAGACGACCCAUUAGCAGAUGAGGAGGACGCAUGUGACAAAAUAAACUCUGCUGCCGGGGUUCUCAAGAUGUUUUUCAGGGAGCUCAAACCUCCACUCUUCCCUCUGCCACUGUUUGAUGAGCUCAUCAACUGCAGCCGUCUGGAUGAACAGGCAAAGAUUGACAAGAUUAAGGAGCUGCUGCUAACGCUGCCUCGAACCAUCAUCGUCGUCAUGAGAUACCUGUUUGCAUUCCUCAACCAUUUAUCUGAAUAUUCCGAUGAGAACAUGAUGGACCCGUACAACCUGGCUAUCUGUUUUGGCCCCACACUGAUCCCUAUUCCCCCCGACCGCGAUCAGGUCACGUUCCAGAGCAAUGUCAACGAGGUCAUCAAGACAAUCAUCCGUAAUCAAGACGAGAUCUUCCCUGUUGAGGGAGGCGAAUUGUAUGAAAAGUGCAUUGUGGACAUGGGUCAAGAUUCCCUGGAUGGUAUGGAGGAUGAAGGUGACAGCACCAUACCAAGUGAUGAUGAUGAAGCAAAGAGAAAAAAGUAUUAUGCAUCUUGUAUCUCACUGUCAGAUACUGAAGUAUACGAGGCGACCGCACUCUACGAUUUCAAGGGUCGCACAGAAAAGGAGCUCUCGUUCAAGAAGGGAGAUAACCUUGUCUUGUACACCAAGGCCUCGGCAGAGUGGUGGGAGGGAGCGUUUGCAGGAAAGGAGGGGCUGAUCCCCUCAAACUAUGUCGCCAUCAAGCACCAACCAGAGCCUAAGAAAAGUGUGGCGUCUGAGGACAGCAGGAGCACAUCUUCAUCGUCGUUAUCUCUGGCCUCAAAGACUUCUGAGAAUUCACACAGCAAAGCUCCGUCUGUUUCCUCCAGUAAAAUGCUCGAGUCUGAUAUACUGGAACAUGAAGUAGUGAUGAGAAAGAAUGUUGCAGAAACUGUUAUUGUUGGACAUGUAAGCUUGCCAACGUCUGGCCCUACGAAUUUAAUGAGCCAGUCAAUGUUCACAGAUUCUCGUCUAGGGGACUCGAAGCUCAGUGUUAAAAGUGACGAGGGACCAAGGUUCCACCUGGGCCCAGGGGUAGAACUGUUGAAACGACAGAAUUCCAGUCCUGAGAGAUCUGAAUCAGACAGAUUAAGUGCUUCUGAUGAGAUUGCGAGCAUGGACAGCGUUUUAGCUGAAAUCAUGUCUGAUGUUCGAUCUCUGGAGCUUCAGCAAUCAACGGAGAGGAGAAAAAGUCUGCCCCUGAAUAAGUCCAAAACUUCUGCCAAACAUACCCCUGACCUAGUGCUGGAUUUACCCGAGGGUUCGAACUCUCCGACGUCACAGGACGGCAGUGACAGGGACAGCCCCACGCUGAGUGCUGCCGAGACUUUCGCGAAGUCUAAUCAAGGAACACUGAAGAAGGCAUCAUCUAUGCCUAGAAAUGUGCCAGCCACCACAGAUAUGUUCACUGAAAUUACUGUACAACAGAAAUCAAAUUCUUUGAACAAGACUGAACCAAUGUUAUCAACUUUUCACAGUUAUAAGCGUUUAGAGGAGACUUCGAAGUCAUCAAGUUCCAGUUCGUCUUCUGUUCGGAAGUUCAGUCUGGAUGAACAACACUCAAAAUCAUCUUCCACUUCAAUGCAAAGUCAGCAGACGUCAACAUUUGUACCUCCAAUUGUUGAGAAGCCCAGGCCGCCAAUCAAAGUGAAGCCUCCGGUAAUGAAGAAACCAAGCAGCCGGUCCCCGGAGGUGGCGCGCAAGCUGGAAACCGAUCUUGAUGAUGUACAGCAUAAAUCCACCUCCCCCUCAUCUUUUAAAUGAAAGGCACUAUCCCAAUAAUUGUUAGAAUGUGAAUGUCAGAGGUCUUGUCACCUCGAGGGUUAAACACUUUACCACUCAGAUACGUGUUUUACAUGUUUGUAGUCCCUUUUUAGAUCUUAUUAGAUUUGAGGCCUUUGUUCCCAGAUUCAAGUUUAAGAUUUCAUUUCCAACUCAAAGAUACUGAUUAGCAGCAAACGGCAUUAAACUUGAACAGAGUUACUCGCAAGCUGUUCUGGUGUUAUGCUGGUUGCUUAUAGCCAGUUUCACUUUACUUGAACAGAGUUACUCGCAAGCUGUUCUGGUGUUAUGCUGGUUGCUUAUAGCCAGUUUCACUUUACUUUUGAGCUAAAAAGGGUUAAGCAUUAUUAUGUAUGAAAUGUCCUUAAAUUAUAAACUUCAAUAUUUUAUUUAUUAUAUUGGUCUUUCUUGUAUUUUUCCAAGUCACUGGAACUUUUUUUGUAUAAUUUUGUAUAAAAUUACAAAUUGGUUUCAUUUAAAUGCUAGUUUAUGUGCAAUUUUUGAAUAUAAUAAAAUUGGAACAGUUAUUUAAUACAUUUAAAUACCUUAAUCAUGUAAAACUACAAAUUUUACUGUAGGUUACAGGUGAACUGAUACAGUAGAUGUGUUCAUUUAUGAAGACUUUCCUCAACAUUUUGCAAUUACUGAGCUUGCAUUUAUAAACUUUGUACAUUAAAGAGCAUAAUAGCCCUGUAAAUAGUAGAACAAUGUACAUAUAUGUAAAUAAUUAUCUAGUACUUGUGCGUGAUUGUCUCACCCAAUUACAUUAUUACGAAAGUUACAACAAAUUGUGAAAAAAUAGGUAUUGAAGUUUACCAUUUGUAAAUGAAAGUUCGAGGAAGAGAUAGUUAUUUCCACUAGUCAUAAGUAAGUGUUGCCUGUGUGAUAUGAGCUAUGAUUUUCAACAAUGCAACAAUCAUACAACAUAUUUCAUACAUCACUUGUUUUAUUGUUGGCCUAAACAAGAGAUAUUUUCACUUACUAUUAACUGUUUUCUACAUAUAAAAAUACAUGGUAUGCCCUGCCAAAUUCCUUAAAACUAUUUGGAUUUGUUAAAAAUGUAGCCAUUAAGGGUUUGGGCAGUUUUGCCAUUGCUUUAUGUCUACACUGAACAGUAAUUAUUAAGGAUAUAUUAUUGAAGUCUUUAUUAAAAAUUUAAUUGUUUUUUAUGUAUUUUUGAAAGGAACAAGUUCAGCUAGCUAGAGCACUUGAUUGCAAAUCCUAUGAUUGAGGGAUUUGAUUACUGGCUAGGCCAAGUAACUUGUGUGGUGAUUGGUCCUUACAUUACUUCUAUGGCCAUUCUUUCCCUACCUGUCAUUCAGGUAGUGCAAUUGUCAAUUACUAUACUUGACCCAUGGUAUGUGAAAUUGGGUAUGAUGCCAUAUAUAACCAAUGUAGCUCCAGACCAACUUAUGCAUUUGUGCAGUCUGCAGGCUGGUCAGGGGCUAUCCUAUCGGCUAAUAAGGUCACAAAAUCUUGCAUGACUAUAGUAGACGGGUAAGCUCCUGACCAGACAGCACCAAUGAUCAGACUGCUAUGGGACAAUGCUGGCUGCAUUUGGCAUAGGAUUCAUUUUCGCUGGACACUAUUUAGUAUGUGCACUUGUGCUGGUAAAUUCGCUUUCUAAAUAACAGAUAGUUGGUUAACUGACCGUGGUGGAAUGUGAGAAAUACUGUUGGUAAUGGCAAAAAAUAUAUACAAACCUAAAAAAUUUGAUUGAAAUUAAUUAUGCCGUACUUUUUUGCAGUGCGUUGAUCUAUAUUUAUGUAUAUCAACAGAUUGAAUCAUGAAUUGAUUUGUUGAAAAACUCAACGGGUGGUUUAGUUUGUUAAGCUGUUAGAAGUCAAAUAAUGUGGUUUGUUCAGUAUAAAUGAAUGGAUUCUACCUCUAAAAUUUUACAGACUUGUCUGUUGGGCAUAGUCUUUAAUAGUUUGUCCUGCGCAGUGGUACACAUAUUUUAAUUAAGUAAUGAUGUUUGAUGAAGAAACUUUGUUCUUUGAUACAGAGUGUGAAAUUUGGUAAAAUAGGUCUUACACAUUUGUUUUUUACAACAUUGUUAAGCAUUUAUGGUUAGUUAGUGUGUUAAUAAGUAUAAUAUUUUAUUAGGCAGAAAUGUGCAUGUUUCAAAUCAAUGUUUUGUGCAAAACAUGUGAAUUGUAAAUAUAAUGUGUACAGUGGUUUGUAACUUUGAAUAUGUGCAAUCUCAGCUUGUUAUAGUUGUGUUUGAUAAUUAAUUAUGUCUUGACACAUAUUAUUCGGAUAUGAAAUUGGUACUAUUCCAAUAUAAAUAUUCACAAGUACAUUUCGCUGUAUAAUAAAGACAUUUGUCUACAUGAUAAAAUACUAUUUUACGAUAAAUUGCAUUUACUGUGGCAUUAUAAUGUGUAUGUGUAAUAUUUACACAAGGCAAACAGCUGAACAGCAUCAUAUAUUAUGUACUGACUGAUAUUUUGUUACUAUGACAUUUUAAAUGUAAUUGGGCCAAGAGCAUAUUAAUAUUGUUCAUUAUAAAUGUAAUUACUACUAAAACUACUUAAUAAGCAAAAACUUGUUGCAUAAGCAGGUUUUACCAUCUCGAUAUAUAGAUGGCUAAAUGUUAAACAUCUAUAAUUACUAGUACGUGAUAUUUACAAAUAUAUAAACAAUAUUAGCUUACAUGAAGUUACUCAUCACUUUUUUGUUUGGAAGGGAUAAGAUUCAGCAAACUUGUUGAACUUCUUUGAUGUUAUUUGAAUUUCGUUGUUUUUAUCCAUUUUUGUGGAAGCAUGACAUCUUAUUAUGCAUUUAUUGUCUACAGAUAAAAGUAUCUAAUGCAAACAUGUUUGACCUGAUUGAAGAAACUCUACACAUUAAAGGCAGAGCUUAACACAAUGAUUGGCUGAUAAAGGUAACAUAAAUAUGACAUUUACUUUGCUUGCUUGUUACCUUUUUGUCAUUGAAUCUGAAUACUUUUGCAUAAACAGAUCUUAACAGCUUGGGUUUGCAAGCUAUUGGCAAACUGUGUGGCCAGUGUUAUAAAUAAAAUAAUUCACAUUUGUAACCUUUAUUCUUGUAUGCAGUGUGUUGAUUUUUAUAAUUACUGAUUGUGUUCAUUAUAUAUAUCUUGGAAUGUCAGAACAUAUGUAGAUGGCACCAUAUUUAUGUAUUUUACCGUUAAUCUUCACGAUACAUAUACACAUAUAUAGUAGCCUCAUUCUUGGACAACUGGGCCUAAUGCAUGUGCGUAAAGUGUCAUUCCAGAUUAGCCUGUUCAGUCUGCACACACUUAUCAGGUAUGACACUUUUUGCCUAGACUGGUUUUUCAUUACGAAGACUUUCUUUUAACUAAAAUUCCAUUAAGCUGAAAGUGUCGUCCUUGCUAACCAGUUCAAACUGAUUGGCUAAUCUGGGACGAUGCUUAACACGCAUGGGUCAAUCUUAGUUUUCCAAUAACACGUCUCAUAUGUUAAGAGUGUCUUGGUCUUGGUUCAGAUGUCUUAUAGUUCCUGUUUGAAAUGUACCCAAGUGAAGUUAGAGUAGGUAUAAAAUAACACUGUGAUUUCUGUUUGUAUGUAAAUAGUAUUCAAGAUAUAGCUGUUAUAAUUUGUGUAUGUAGAUAUCAUUGAACUUGUGCUAAUGUGGAAUGCCAUCUCUUGUGGCUUAAAUAAACAUCAAGAAAUUA